AUGGCGGACAAGAUGGAGGGCGUAGUAAUGGGCGGUGGUCUCGUAGACCCCAGCAAAUACCCAGUGCCCAUUGAAACAAUUUACGUCAACAACCUCGAGGAGCGCGUUAAGAUCGAUACCAUGAAGCAAGCCUUGACUCGAGUCUUCCAAUACUACGGUCCGAUUCUCGAUGUUAUCGCGAAGAGCAGUCUGAAGCGCAAGGGCCAGGCUUUCAUUGUCUUCGACAGCGAAAAGGCCGCGCUGGAGGCGGUAGAGGAGAUGAACGGGUUCGAGAUGUACGGCAAGGUCAUGAAGGUGCACAGGGCGAAGACACAUAGCGACGAGACGGUCAAGCGAAAGGCGCCAGAAUUGUUCGACGACCACAAGCGCAAGCGUCUGACACUCAAGGACUUCAAGCGCGCCGAAGAAGAUGCGAAGGCGCAAGCCAACCCAGUCGCUGCAGAGAAGCCUCGCGCUGCCAAAACUGGAGCGGCUGCCGUGCCCGACGAAUAUGUCCGACCCAACAAGACGCUCUUCCUACAGAACAUUCCCCGCGAUGUCGACGAGGAAGACCUCACGACGAUAUUCGAGCGCUUCGAAGGCUUCAAGGAAGUGCGCUUGGUCUCGGUCAGGGCCGUGGCCUUUGCGGAAUUCGAAAACGAGCAGUUUGCGAUUACAGCGAAAGAAGCGACGGCCAACACGCCGAUCGGCGCAGAGGGCAAGCCCAUGAAGGUCACAUACCAGCGGCAACACUUCGCAGACGACGCUCAGAAUUGGGAUGGAUACGGAAUGUGGUCUUGGGAGGCUGUGUCGGCAUUCUGGGAAGCCCGAGAGUUCAAGCAAGGACAUGACGAGUUUGUCCUUGCGAGGAGAUACAAGAAGAGGCCCUACUAG